AUGACUAAUGGACAACCAAACCAUCUUAAUCAAGCUUCUAGCUCGAGUACAUCUACUAAAGCUGAAAAACGAAAAGGGUAUAACAAAAGAUAUUAUGCUGCACGCAAAGAAAAUAACAAAGUCCCGAAAUUUGGGAGUGGUGAGGUCUCCCAAAGUGCUUCAUCACUAUCUUUAAUGAGUAAUAGAUCAGCAGAAAGGACACCGUUAAGAAGUUUACAGACUAAUAUUACUCAAUUUACCCAAAUGACAAACGUGAACGUGUCAAGUAUUUCUACCGUGAGACGUAAGGAGUACAAUGGAAUGCAUAUUUCAAACGGUAGUCAAAUUACAUCAACCCCGACCAAUGAUGUUACGCCGACAACCACAUUCCCCAAUGUAGUUGAUGAAGUCACUACCAGAACAUCACGAGGUGUUCGAAUUCAACCACGUACACUUUUACCUCAAUUUUCUGAAGUAGUUGAUCAACCUUCCUUCCAAAAUGAGAAUGUAGAAGAUGAUCCAUAUAACUUUGUUUACGAUCGUUUACCUAGAGAACAUCGUGUUUUAAAAGAACGUGGUGCAUGUCCUGAUUGUGGAGCAAAACGUUUUCAAUUUGAAUUUGAUACCUUUUGUUGUAUGAGUGGGAAAACUGUGUUAGCAAAUUCAGAAAUUCCAGAGGAAUUGCACCGACUUUUCACAUCGGAAGAUGAAAUUGGAAAUAUUUUUAGGCAAAACAUUCGUGCUUAUAACACGAAUUUUUCUUUUGCCUCAAUGGGAGUGACGUUGGAUGAUACAUUGAACAAUAUGAGAGACGGUGUAUAUACUUUUCGUGCACAUAGAGGAAUAUAUCACAAAAUCGACCAAUUAGUUCCGAGGGAUGGAACCCCUAGGUACCUGCAGUUGUAUUUUUAUAAUCCUGAUGCCAAAAGACUUGCAGAACUAGGACCUCUGGACAACUAUAGGGUCACUUUGAAUGCUUCGGUUGAACUUGACCAAAGGGUGUACAACCGACCAACGACAUCGGAGGUUGCUGGUAUUUGGGUAGAAGGUAAUGACAAUAUCACUUCGUAUAAACGAAGUAUUGUUGUGUAUGGUAGGUCUGAAUAUAGCCAAACUAUUCAGCCGUACUUCAGUUGUUACGAUCCAUUGUCGUAUCCUCUAUUUUUUCCUAAUGGUGAGUCGGGUUGGCAUGCAAACAUACCACGUCACGGAGUAUCAAUAAAUGAGGUUCGCAACAAUGACAACAUCGAAGGAGAAAUGGAAGAGGCUAACACACGAAGUGGUAGAACAACCGUGGCUAUGCGAGAGUACUACAGUUACAAGUUCCAGAUUCGAUCUACCGAAAACGUGCUUCUGUUCGGUGGUAGACUGCUACAACAGUUUGCGGUAGAUGUUUACAUAAAAAUUGAGACGUCACGCUUAGAAUUUUGUGAGAGAAACCAGGCUAAGAUACGGGCCGAUUUGUACCAAGGUCUUGUGGAUUGCGUCAAUGCUGGUGAGGUUCAUGCAAACAGAGUCGGGAAAAGAAUUGUGUUGCCUACAUCUUUCAUCGGAGGGCCUCGCGACAUGCGACGUCGAUUUUUAGAUGCGAUGACUUUAGUUCAAGACGACGGCAAGCCUGAUAUAUUCCUUACAAUGACGUGUAAUCCUAAGUGGCCUGAGAUAUGUGAUAAUUUACAUGUUGGUCAAACUGCACAAGAUCGUCCAGACCUUGUUUCAAGAGUGUUCCGGGGUAAAUUAGAAGAUCUUAAGGAACAAAUCUUCAAGAAACAUAUCCUUGGGGAAGUUAAUUCAUACGUUUAUGUCAUCGAAUUUCAAAAGCGUGGUUUGCCGCACGCACAUUUUCUCCUUAUCAUGUACCCGCAACACAAGAUCAAUAACGCGGACCAUUAUGAUAAGGUUGUGUGUGCUGAAAUUCCUAACAAACAAAGACAUCCCAAAUUGCAUGAGAUGGUUGUCAAACACAUGAUUCACGGUCCUUGCGGCAAUUUACGAUUAAGCAAUCCUUGUAUGCAGGGUGAUCCUAAAAUUUGUCGUUUUCACUAUCCUAGACAAUUUAAUGAACAGACAACACAAGGAGAAAAUUCGUAUCCGUUGUAUCGAAGGAGAGACACCGGGAUAGAAGUGGAUGUACGAGGAAAAACACUUGAUAAUAGAUGGGUGGUCCCAUAUAACCCAAGGCUUUUGAUGAUGUUUAACUGCCACAUCAAUGUUGAAGUUAUUCAAGUUGAUCAAAGUGAGCCAGGGGUUGUUGUUAAUGAGAUAAAGAGCUUUCAAGAUGCACGCUACAUAUCGCCCCCAGAGGCUAUGUGGCGCAUUUUUUCCUUCUCUCUUUCUCAAAUCUCUCCUUCUGUUUUAGCCUUACAACUUCAUCUCCCAAAUAAUCAGAUGGUUAGAUUUAGAGAUGAUGACUUAAUGUGGAAUGGAAGCACACGCCGUUGGAAUCCUCGUGGCCGUAAAAACCAAAGAGGUCGUAUCGUUUCCGCUAAUCCAGCCGAAGGAGAAAGGUACUACUUACGCCUACUUUUGUCAAAUGUCAGAGGGCCUACUUCUUUUGAACAUCUAUGCACAGUUAAUGGUCAACGGUGUGAGACAUUUCGAAAAGCAGCUCUUGAGUUAGGCUUAAUAGAAGACGAUGAAUAUCUAUCACAAUGUCUCGAGGAAGCCUCUACGUUUCAUUUUCCUAAUGCUCUUCGAAGGUUAUUUGCGACCAUAAUGAUUUUUUGCCAACCUGGAGAUAUUCGAAAGUUAUGGAAUGACCAGUUUGAAUCACUGUCUGAAGAUCAUCGGUUACACUGUCAAAGUAUAGAACGAGUUCAAAAUAUGGUUCUUACUGAAAUUAGUAUCUUGCUACAAUCCAUGGGUAAAAAUAUCAAUGAAUUCGACCUUCCUAAGAUAACAGACGAUGUUAACUUACAAGAUGCAGGUUAUCGUGAGUUACAAGAAGAGUAUGGGAUUGUUUUGGAACCUGAACACUUGAGUGCCAAAGAUUCACUUAAUCCGGACCAGAAAAACGUGUUUGAUGAGAUCAUGAUGCAUGUUGAUAAUGAUCUUCCAGGCGUGUUCUUUAUUGAUGGCCCAGGUGGAACUGGAAAAACAUUUUUGUACAUUGCCUUGCUUACUGAAAUUCGGUCACGUGGUCUUAUUGCUCUCGCAACAGCUUCAUCAGGUGCAGCGGCUAAUAAUAUGCCAGGAGGUAGAACGGCUCACUCAAGAUUCAAGAUUCCUCUUAAUCUUGAAAAUAAUUCAAUGUGCAAUAUCAAAAAACAGAGUGGGGCCGCUAAACUGAUUCGGUCUACCAAAAUAAUCAUAUGGGAUGAAGCGUCGAUGGCUAAACGACAGGCGAUAGAGGCAGUCGAUCGUACAUUCCAAGACAUUAUAGGCGUUAGUCUCCCAUUUGGUGGGAAGAUAAUGGUUAUGGGAGGUGACUUCAGACAGGUGUUGGCGGUUAUUAAACGUGGCACUCGAGCACAGAUUGUAGACUCCAGCGUACGAAUGUCACCUCUUUGGUCUUUGACUAAGAAGAUGUGGUUGACCAUAAUUAUGAGAGCGCUGAAAGAUCCGUGGUUUUCUAAAUUUCUUUUAAGAGUCGGCGAUGGAACUGAAGAACCAAUCGAAGGAAACUAUAUUCGCAUACCCGAUGACAUGACAAUUCAGUGCAACAACAGAGAAAACGCUAUAAAAGAAUUGAUUCAUGCCAUCUUUCCAUCAAUUGAAGAUAAUGUAUAUUCUUCAGAUUAUAUAAUCUCUAGAGCAAUAUUGUCCACUAAAAAUGAGAGUGUUGACGAGAUUAAUAAUCAGUUGAUUGAAGUUUUUCAAGGGGAGGAAAAAGUUUAUUACAGUUUUGAUGAAGCUGAAGACGAUCAGCGUAACUUCUAUCCGGUCGAGUUCUUAAACUCGCUAAAUUCGGUCAACAUGCCGGAAAAAGAGUUUUUUUUGCCAAGAAUCCCUCUAACCCUUUCUGAAGAUGACAUGUUCCCAUUCAAGCUGAAAAGAAAACAAUUUCCAAUUCGACUUAGCUUUUCCAUGACGAUUAAUAAAGCUCAAGGUCAAACAAUUCUGAACGUUGGUUUUUAUCUACCGGAUUCUGUAUUUUCACAUGGACAACUUUAUGUCGCGUUAUCAAGAGGGAUUUCAAGACAAAGUCCGAAGGUGUUGGUACAUCUCGCCAAAGAAUUCAAACAACGCGGAGUUUACACAUCAAAUGUUGUCUACCAGGAAGUGUUGCGUGAUUAA